GAAGCGGCGGCCGCUAUGGCCUGCCUCACGAAGCCGGGCCAGGAGAAGGCGGAGGAGAUUGAAAAACAGAAGCAGGAGCUGACUGAUUUGAAACAGCAAGUGCAAAAUGAUAAGAAGAUGGUGAAUGAACUUUUUUCUUUGUCCUUAGGCGCUACCACUAUUGUUGAUGGGCUCAGCUUUCAGCAGUGGUGGGACCAUCUUGGAGCUGGCUUUGGCUUUAAAAACAACUGGAAGAGAAAUGUCAGAAAAAAACUAAGAGAAAUUGGGCAAAUUAAAUUAGAACUGAAAUUAAUAAGGGAGUUCUAUAGGGGACAAGCGGCUAUUGAGGAAGAGCUGGAAGAUAUAAGUUUAAAGUAUAGCGGUUUCAAACAUGGACAUCAGGAAGUGUUUGUGAGAUUGGAGAGGAGGUUGCUUGAAGAAAAGAAAAGACUGGAAGAAAAAGUUGAGAAAAAGCAAACAAUGAUGGCAGAGACUGCCCAGCUAGAAGCAAAGCUGCACCAGACCAGCGCUGAGAGAGAGGUAUUUAAGGUGGAUGUUUGUCUUCACAGUGGAUUUGCUUACCAGCUGAAAGGAACAGUGGAAUUGGAGAAAAGCAAACAGAAGUUAGAAGAGGACAAAAGUCUUCCGUUACGGGAGAAGAUUUCUGCUCUGGAAACCACUGAGGCUUUGGUUCAAAAAACGAUCCUACAGAUCAGUUGUCAGAAAGCAUAGAUUGGAGAUCUACAGAGUAAAGUAGAAAAGCUGGAGAGGGACUUAUGUCAUGUGACCACAGAAUCUGAGGUAGAGACUCAGAAAAUACAGCAUCAGGCACUGAUACAAAACCAGGCAAGUAUGGUCGAGAUCAAGAAGCUGCAGCAACUACUAGUAAUGAAAGAUCAGGAGAUGAACCAAGUGAAGGAACUAGCCCAGAAUAUCUUAAAUGAGAGGACCACUGUGGAAAGGUUCUUCCUAGAUGCUCUGGAACAUGUGAAGCAGGAGAUCAUAUCCAGUAUAAGAAAUAUAUAUAUCCAGCAGUAUAAGAAAAAGGCCCAAAGUGCCUAUUACAGAAAAAUGAUGGAGGCAUGUGCAGGGAAGGAAGAAUUUCCCAAAAUCAAAACAUUCAAAAGCAACAUAAAUAGCACAAACUGUGUGUACAGAGACCUAGAAGAAGAAAAUAAAUGGUACUGGGAAAAAAUGCAGUUUGAAAAAGUGGGUAUCAGUGAGUUGACAUGGGGGCAAAAAGAACAUGUUCUAUGAUUGCUUUUUGCCAAAAUGAAUGGCACAAAUCCAUGGCAGUACAGCUGAGUUUUGCCUACUUCAGCUCCAGCUGCUGCUGAUACUAAAGAAGAAAGCAAAACUGGGUAAGAUACUAAAUUAUUCCACACUAACAUCACCUCAGUCUUGGUUAUAUAUAAAUGGAUGCAAUUGUCUCUGUCAUUCUUCCCACUUUAGAGUACUUUGGUUUGUCUGAAGAUAUACAUUAGUGUAUCUAUAUACACAUAAAUGUGUGUGUGACAAGAAAAAGGAAUUUUUUAUUUAGUUUGAACUUUCUGGUCAUACUCAUCUUUUAGCAGCAGGCAUUUAGACUAAGCUGUCAUAAAAAAAAGGUCUUUGCCUUCUUAAAGCCUCCUCUUACUGAAAAGCAGCUUUAUUAUUUUUGGAGGGUUCUCUUGUUAAAUGCCAUGAUCAUACAAAGAGACACAUUUUCAGCUAACAGAGUUUCGAUUAAAAGGCAAAAUCUAUUAAGCUGAUGGGGGGGGGUUCAGCAUAGCAUCACUUAGAAUAGACCAGGAUGAAGAUUCAUAUGCCUGAUUUUCCAAUACAGACUCAGAUACAAAUAUAUAGCUAAUUAUAAGGCAAGCAAUAUUAACUUAACUGGAGGAGUUAGCAAGGAGUAGUUCUGGCAUGCCAUCAUGUCAGAUGUGGGGUAGUCAAGCACACAAAACAAAAUGUGAUACUCAGACAUCAAAUGACCAGCUAACUGUUCAUGAGCAGGAGCCCUAGAGGGACGUGUAUGGAAAGAUGAGACACCUCUUUGGAGAGGCAGACCGCCACCUCCAGAAACAGGAGUGGAAGUGAGUUGUAGCCUUUUUUGCAGAAACAGGUUAAAAAAAAACAGAAUUGGAUGUCACAGGGCCAAAUUCUGAAA